GACACCAUGCCGGAGGAUUCCUUUGUUCCACAAAUGUUUGAGCGUUGAUUCCGUUUCCAGGCCCUCUCAGAGAUGGGGAAGCAAGAUGCCUGUUCUCAUGAAGUUCCUGUUCUAAAGGAGUGGGAUGGUCAAUAAAUAUGCAACCAAAGAAAUAAGACAAUUUUACAUAGAGAAGGAUUAUAAGCAGAUAACUAAAACAGAGAAUUAUAAUUUUGUGAUAGAAUGGUUAGGGAAAGCCCUUUCUCCAGCAAUAAUAUUUAAGAUGAAAUCUGAACGACAACAAGCAAUUAUGCAAAGAUGGAGAGAAGUGUCCUAAGCUGGAAGAGCUAGUGCAAAUGCCCAUGUUCAGCUUUGAAUCUGAGUUGUCUACAAACACUUCCUUUCCUUGUGCCUAGCGCUGCGUCGCACCCAGACAGGGCAGCUGACGAAUGUUCUGAAUGACAAGGGAGGAAUGAGGUGACUCAGUGUUGUAGGUGUUUAACCCCUUCCCUCCUGCUCCUAGUAAAUUAAAUAUGAAUGGAAGGGGGAACUAGGCAGAACAACCGAUACACAGGUGUACGCCUGUACAUGUGUGUCUGCAUGAGCACGUGUUUGGUAGGAUGUCUAUGCAUGUCCCUUCCAGAGACAAAUAUUUGGAAAGAACUGUCCUCUGGGAUUCUGAUCUAUGAUCUGGGAAUCUGUGAUUCUAGAGGAUCAGAUAGCAAAGCUAUAGAGACAGAUGCAUGGGAGGGAGCAGUGGGAGGAGUCUGGGGUGUUGCAGUAGAGAGCUGCCCAGUGCUAAGCUGGAGACCCCACCAGCAGCCCUGGAGAACUGCCCAGGAUACAGCGGUUCUAAGGAUGGUUGUUUAUUAAUCUGGGGUUGAAGGCCAGUCCAGCACUGUCCCUGGUCACCAGACUAAUUGGGGCUGACAUUGCUGAGGCGUCUGCCAGAGGCCUAGGCUGGAGGACCAGGUUCCCUGCCAUAGCCUCUGUGCUCUGAGGAGGCCCCUAGUAAGUCAUUUCUGAGGACAGAAGAGGAGGCCUCGGCCAAGAGUCUGGCCACUUGGCUUGACCCUGGUAAGGACCAUGUUCCUGUUUUUGUCACUUCCUGUCCUCCUUCUGUGUGUGGUGACAACAUCCUGCUCAGAAACAAAAGCCUGUGAGGAUGCCCAGAAGACCUGUUCAGUGGUGACCUGUGGCAUCCCGGUCACCAACGGCACCCCAGGCAGAGAUGGGCAAGAUGGACCCAAGGGAGAAAAGGGAGAACCAGGGCCAGGGCUCAGAGGCUUGCAGGGCCCUCCAGGGAAAAUGGGGCCUCAAGGAAAUAUAGGGAAUCCUGGGCUUCCAGGACCAAAGGGCCAAAAAGGAGAUCGUGGAGACAGUUCGGUUGCCGAGGCUAAGCUGGCUGACUUAGAGGGACGGAUAAGGAGCCUGAAAUCACAACUGGAUCACAUCAAAAAGUUGCAAAGCUUCUCCUUGGGUAAAAAGUCUGGAAAGAUGCUCUACGUGACCAAUGGUGAAAAGAUGCCUUUUUCCAAAGUGAAGGCUCUGUGCGCUGAGCUUGGGGCCACCGUGGCCACCCCCAAGAAUGCUGAGGAGAACAAAGCCAUCCAGGACAUGGCCCCUGACAUUGCUUUCCUGGGCAUCACAGAUGAGGUGACCGAAGGCCAGUUUAUGUAUGUAACAGGAGGGAGGAUGGGCUACAGCAACUGGAAGAAGAAUGAGCCUAAUAAUCAUGGCUCAGGGGAGGACUGUGUCCUCCUCCUAAGAGAUGGGCUCUGGAAUGACAUCUCCUGCUCCUCCUCCUUCUUGGCCAUCUGUGAAUUCCCAGCCUGAAGAGGCAGAUUCCUCCGCCCCCUCCUUGGCUCCCUGCUGAGGUCCCUGCUGCUCUGAAAGAGAAUUCAGUGCCAGUUUCCCCA